AUUGACAUAUUAUCAGCUGAUUUGUUUUGUUGAUAAAUGCGUGAUUGCGAAAACUGUGAUUUAAACGAAACCUUAUUAUUUUAUUUCACAUUUAGGCACAAAAAUGGCUUCUAGAUUUAGUGGAGCACUACAGCUCACUGACCUUGACGACUUCAUCACUCCAUCGCAGGAAUGCAUAAAGCCAGUGAAGAUCGAGAAGUCUGCCACGAAGACCGGCGCCAAGAUCAAGAUCGGCGAGGACGGUUACUUCGACGUGUCUCUGGGGGUGCCUCAGCGGCUGCAGAAGGUGGAGAUCACGCUGGCGGACUGCCUCGCGUGCAGCGGCUGCAUCACCUCCGCCGAGAGCGUGCUGGUGACCAGGCAGAGCCAGGAGGAGCUACUCAGGGUAUUCUCAGAGCGAAAAUACACAGACAGUAAGGGUGUGACUCGUGAUGUGAGUCUGGUGGUUGUCUCACUGUCCCCUCAGCCCACUCUGUCCAUCGCAGCCAGGUACAACCUCAGUCCUGAAGAAACUACCAGUAAACUAGUGGGUUACCUAAAGUCCCUGGGCGCGGACUUAGUGCUAGACAUGACCAUAGCGGAAGACCUCUCGGUGCUGGAAGCGCAGCGCGAGUUCAUGCGGAGACUGCGCGAGCAGCAGGCCGACCCCACCGCGCGCGCUCUGCCCAUGCUCGCCAGCUCCUGUCCGGGCUGGGUAUGCUACGCAGAGAAAACUCACGGCAACUUCAUCCUCCCAUACAUAUCCACAACAAAGUCUCCGCAACAGAUCAUGGGUUCCCUCGUGAAACAAGUGCUCGCGCGGGAUAAACAACUGAACCCUGCAGAGAUAUACCACGUGACUUUCAUGCCGUGCUAUGAUAAGAAGCUGGAAGCCUCGAGGGAAGAUUUCUAUAAUGAUUUGUUGAGCUGUCACGAUGUCGACUGCGUUAUUACUGCCAUCGAGCUAGAACAAAUGCUGGAAGCCAACUCGAAGCCCCUCGCCGACAUCGACAGUGUGCCCCUGGACUGGCCGUGGGGCGCUCCCCCCUCCCCCCCGCCCGCCCCCGCCGCGCCCCCGCAGGGCCCGGGGUUGCGCCGGCACGUCGGCUCGGGCUCCGGCGGCUACGCUGACCAGAUCUUCUUGUAUGCGGCUGAGCAGCUGUAUGGGGAGAGUGAUGCGCCGUUGGUUUAUAAGAAUUUAAGGAACCCCGACUUCCGCGAGGCGACGCUGGAGCGCGGCGGCGCGGAGGUGCUGCGCUUCGGAGUCGCCAACGGGUUCCGCAACAUUCAGAACCUGGUGCAGAAGCUGAAGAGGGGCAAGUCGCCCUACCACUACGUGGAGGUCAUGGCGUGUCCUGCUGGUUGCCUAAACGGCGGCGCACAAACCCGCCCUGUCUCCGGCGAAAGCGGGCGCGACCUCGUCGCCCGUCUCGAAUCCCUAUACUCUUCGCUCCCACUAGCAUCACCAGCACACAACCGCCUGCUCCGGCGGCUGUACGCCGACUGGCUCGACGGAGAAGAUUCAGACAAGGCGCGCGCCACGCUCCAUACCACCUACCAUGCGGUGGAGAAGAGCGAUAUAGCGCUUAAUAUUAAGUGGUGAAGGUUGAGG